ACCUGGCUCUCCUCACCAUCUCUCUCUUUCUCUCGUUCCCUCGGCCUUCUCGGCCGUCCUCGCCGCCGCCGCCGUGCUCAGGUGGGGGUCCACACACCCUGACCCACAAGUAGGCCCUGAUCUCUACCCAGUCAGUCCAUCCGUCUGACAGGUCGAGGUAGGCGAUGCGGGCCCGAGCCGCACGACGACAACAUUGUGAACAUCGCUGAACUCUCUCUCUCGCGGUGAAGAGCAGUUUGACACGCACGUGAUCGAGUCCACGCGAACGAGACACAGUGUGUAUCGGUAUCUCGUCUCGGAGGCGGUUUCUGUUUCUCUCUCUCUCUCUCUCUCUUCUUCUUCUUCUCGUCCUUCUCCAUCUCUCUCAUUCCCCGUCUCUCGCUCUUCCUUCUUUUCCUCUUCACCACUCGACUCCCGAGCGAAGGAGCAGGAACGGAGGCGGCUCGAGGGAGGCUGAAGAUGAUACUGAGAGUCGCCCCUGGGGGCAUCGUCCUUUUGCUCGCGUUUGCCGGGACGGUCGGCGGUCAAGAUGACGAUUCCUUGGCCAGCACCUUCAUAUCAGGUUUCCUGCAUUCCUUGACGAACACAGCGAAGAUCGACGACUGCCCGGGAGUAUGCGUGCACGCGCUGGCGACGUUGAUGUGCGAUGACGUCCUGGAAGACGUGCAGUGUCCCACGGCCAGUAUGCGAUGUUGUCUUCACGACGCGGUGAACGGCACCGGCUCGUCCUCCGAGAACGCCAUCGAUGACGAGGAGCCGACCUCUACCGUGUCCACGACGACGGUCAAGACGACCACGAUUUCUACGACGACACCCGCGACAACCGUCACGACGCUCAGCACUCAGUCAACUUCCUCUGUUUCAGCAAAAACCACACCGGGAAGCCAUAACGAGACCACCGAUAAGUCGCUCACGAAAACGUGUUCGGGGAUCUGCAUGAGCGAGAGGAUCGCCAAUUAUUGCGACGCCGUGCUGGUGAUAGACACCCUGUGCAAGUCGGGCUUUAAGUGCUGCGUGUCCCGGGACGCCUUCGGCGACUCGCCGCCGCCUGAGCUCCUGGUGAUCGACCGCACGAGAUCGAACGAGAAUUCCUCUCACAACGACGAGAAGCACAGCAGCGAUGCGUUCAGCAAGACCACGCCGAUGACGACACGGCCGAACACCUCCACGACGAACGCCUCCACGACGUUCAUCACGACGACGACGACAACCACGACGAUGGUUACCAGACAACCGCCCCCGCCACCAUCGACGACGACGACGACAACGACGAGACCGAAGCCGGUGCUGCUGAAACCUUGCGGAGGGAAGUGCACGAGCGGUCUGCCUGCGCUCUUCUGCGAGAGCGUCGACAGUGACGCCGACUGUCCGACCGACGACUCCCUCUUCACUGUUUGCUGCAUCAACGAACAGCUACCUGCGAAAACGGAGGUACCGACGACGACUACGACGACGGUCCGGCCGUCUACGAAGGCUCCUCAGCUACCGCCGUGCCCUGGUUUCUGCCUGCUGACCAUCAUGGCAGCAUUCUGUGAGCGGCCGAACGUAAUCAUAGUGAAAACGUCGACCUGUCCGGGAUCUUACUGUUGCGAUAAUACGAAGAGUCUUCAGUCACCGAGACCAAGGCCGAGACCUACCCUGCCGACGACCGUGUCGUUACCGCCGGACCCACGUCCGGAAUGUCCUGGUUCCUGCAUCGUGUCCUACUUGUCGUUCACUUGUUUCAGUAAGUACGCACGAGGAAAUGUCACUAUCGGGGACAAUGCCUUACCUCAUGCUUAUUCAUUCGCAGGAAACGCCGAGCUGACGAGCUUGUUCAAGUGCAAGAAGCAGGGACACGGGUGUUGCGCUCUGAAGUCUCUGAUAAGAAACGCCACGGAGCCGCUUCUGACGAACAGAAACGACACGUUCCACGUCACACCCAGGCCUUACACCACCCCGCUCACCACGUCGAUCUACGAAACCACAACGGUCGCCACCACCACUAGAAGUCCCGUGUACAGUAAGUAUGUUUGCGGCGUGAAGGGCACAUCUCGCGGGCCGAUUCAGGCCCGAAGUUCCAAGAGGAUCGCACGCGUGGUAGGAGGCGAAGACGCGGACGCCAACGAGUGGUGCUGGCAGGUCGCCUUGAUCAACUCCCUCAACCAAUACCUGUGCGGAGGCGCGCUGAUUGGAACGCAAUGGGUGCUCACCGCGGCGCACUGCGUCACAAACAUCGUCAGGUCCGGCGACGCGAUCUACGUGAGGGUGGGCGAUCACGACCUCACCCGUAAAUACGGAAGCCCCGGUGCUCAGACGCUGCGUGUCGCAACGACGUACAUCCACCACAAUCACAACAGCCAGACGCUCGACAACGAUAUAGCGUUGCUGAAGCUUCACGGCCAGGCGGAGCUGAAGGACGGAGUUUGUUUGGUCUGCUUGCCGGCGCGCGGUGUCAGUCACACGGCUGGCAAAAGGUGCACGGUCACCGGCUAUGGAUACAUGGGAGAAGCUGGCCCUAUACCUCUUCGAGUACGCGAGGCGGAGAUACCGAUCGUCAGUGACGCUGAGUGCAUCAGGAAAGUGAACGCCGUGACCGAGAAGAUCUUCAUUCUGCCAGCCAGCAGUUUCUGCGCCGGCGGGGAACAAGGGAACGACGCGUGUCAGGGCGACGGUGGAGGUCCCUUGGUGUGCCAAGAUGAUGGCUUCUACGAAUUGGCUGGACUAGUAUCCUGGGGCUUCGGUUGCGGCCGGCAAAACGUUCCCGGCGUGUACGUGAAGGUCUCCUCGUACAUCGGCUGGAUAAAUCAGAUCAUAUCAGUGAACAAUCUCUAGCUUAUCUCGCAUACGCUCGAAUAUACAUCUAAGACAUUUAUUUAUUGACGGAACGUUGUAGUACCUUGACG